AAGUCCUCGUGAUCACCGCACUCAAGUCACUGUCAGUACUCUGCGACCUCGUUCAAUUUAUGCAGUGGCUACGAUGCAAGUCUUAUCACGCACUCGAAGAAUUGCAUUUGCUCGAAUGAGGCUUCAGUUCAAGCCAAAGUGGAUAGUGGAUUACCCUCCACCUUAACCGAACAACUUGAUCGCCGUGCAUCUUCCUCGCGCCAGUGACGAGAGUGCACUAGUAGUCAUCAAAGGAACCAUCAACCCGUGCUGAUAUCUAUAUAACCACAUUCAUGUCAAGCGUCUCUUAAAACCAUCAAACCAGUCGCGAGCAAUCCGGAUCUCGAGCUACCAAUGUCUACCAACACGGUACACUUGAUUACUGCCUUGACUCCCGAGCUUGAAGCGAUUCUGAAAGAGGACACGGACCGUCGUUUGAGGAACCUCAUAGCGGCCAACAUCAAGACACGUUAUGCUCGUAGUUCCUCCCAACUCUCAAACUUCCGUCUGGCUAUCGAAGAUAAGGAUGUACAGAACGACGAAUCGAUCCUCUCGGACUUCCGUCAACUCGUCUCUCCCACAGACUACGAGUCUUACCGCCCGUAUAUGAUGAUGUUGAAUUCCCGCCCUUGCAAGUUGUCCGAAGUCGAGAACAUGCUUGCACCAGGGCUUCCUAUUUAUAUUCCCCUCUCAAGUGCCACAACGCAGAAGAAGCCCAAGCAGUUUGCGAAGUACUUUCGAUCUCAGCCCUACUCCCCCAAUCCCUCUCCAUUCCACGUUCGAGCUAGUUCGCUCAUGUUCACCUUAGCAUACAGAGACUCGAUAGAGGUCGUAACAGAUUCUGGGGAAGUCGUGAUGAGGAUUCCUGUUUGCAACGAGUCGACUGGGUUGACACGUACACAAAACAAUUGGUCCAUCGAAACAGAUGGCACUCGCAUGGCGUCUAUCAUUCCAGGUCACACGGCUCCGUGGGCCACAGGGUUUAUCAUCCACUAUCGGUCUUUUUUGUUGAUCCACGCACUCUUUGCUUUGGCGAAUCCAUCCCUGGAGGGGUUUUCUGUGACAUUUAUACCUAUUCGGAAUGGGAUCGUCCCAGAUUUCGAUCAGAUAGACCACGUCCGUCCUUACCUGCAGCUUAACAUGGGUGCAGACCCACAGCGAGCAGACGAGCUUCAGAACAUAGGACCUCCUCUCUCGCCCCCUGGAUGGGCCCAGCACGUUUGGCCAAAUCUGAAGCUCCUUACAGGCGUUUGUAGCGGUACAUUCGCCGCGUCGUUACCGCAGGCAAGGUCAAUCCUUGGACCAAACGUAAUCAUCCAAAACCCUUUCUAUAUAUGCACGGAAUGCCUCAUAGGUAGAACCCUCAACUUCGAGGAUACAGAGACUUUCGUUGUUUCAACCGACGACCUCAUCGAGUUUCUUGACAUGACAGAAGAGCGGCCACAUGGACAUGGACAAGUACUUCAAGCGUGGGACCUUCAACCGGGAAAGUUCUACCAGCCUGUGUCAACGACCCAUGAUGGGCCAUGGAGAUACCUUAUGGACGACGUCAUCCAGGUCGCCGGGUUUGACCCACGCGACGGGUUGCCGGUAUUUAGGUACUCUGGACGGAAGAAUCUAGAGCUCCAGCUGCCGCAUGCCAUGAUCACAGAAGCCGAUCUUGUCAGCGUGAUUCAUGCGAUUAGUGGAGAGGAUACCGUGGAAGUGCAAGAGUUUACAGCAGUCGUUGAUGACCGCAAGUUCCCCCAGACAGUCGGAUUUUUCAUCUCAGUCACGGGUGACAUAGGUCCCAAUGCGAAAUCCACAAGACAGAAGGCAUUCGCAGCUCUAGUUGCGACAAGUGACAAACAUCAAAUUGCAUUCGACACCAAUGAAUUUGGUUUGCCCACAAUCCGCAUUGUGAAGCCCGGAACAUUUGCAGAUUAUCGGCGGUGGCGAGGAGAAAGUACGAAGGUUGGCGUUGGGCAGAUCAAGCUUCCCUCUGUGCUCUCCGACCCUAAGGCCCAAGAGUGGAUGUCGGAGAGGAUCAUGUUGGAGCCCUGA